AUGGGGCCUAAAGGUAAGGCCAAGGAGGCUGACGAUACUUUUUGGCGUGCCCGCAUCGAGGAAGCACAACUGAGUGAAGAAACAUGGAAAGUGAAAGUGAUUCUCUUGGAAGCUGCAGGGAGCGAACAGGCACGGAUUUACCUAAACAACUUCGAAACCAUGGCUUCGGAAGAAAGAAGAUUUGUUGUUAAAAACAUAUGCAAGACUGAAACCAUAUUUAUGGUGAAUCAACUCGGAUCCGACAAAAAAAUUAAAGAUGCAAAUUUACGCGUAUUUGAAGAAGGCCAAGCCUUUCUUAGAGAAAAGAAAGAUAUUCCAACGGAUAUAAUGGCUCUUAUCAUCAAGCACUUGAUAUUGAAGAUGAAAGAAGAAUAUCUUUUUAUUAGGAGGCAGAAACUAGAAGUUAGAGAGGGAUUACGUCGUGAGUCUUUGACCAUGAUAGAAAAAGGGGAAGUGAGAGGUACCGCUAGCUCCAAAGCACCUGAAUCAGAGCGUUCUGCUCCUACUACUAAAAAAGGUAAAGGCAAGAGCGACGAGCCCGCAGUGCCAGAACCUGUUGAAGGUAAAAAAUACAAUACAGUAUUACGGGAACGAGGUGAGGAAUGGAGAGAUCGCGUGUACGUGGAUGAUUUUCCUACAGAUGGACCCAAUGUGUAUGUCGCAGUCACAGGUUUUUUGGACCCAAACCUUCCGUGGAGUCUUGUGAGAAUAGGGAUUCCUCUUACGGCAGUAGUUCAAGUUCGAAUCGAUCCAUCCGUUACAAAAGUGCCUUCUAAUUUAAAUCGCCCUACAAAAAGGGGCCAAAGCAUUACAGAGAUAAUGACUGAAAAAGCUCUCAAAUUUUGGGCCGAUCUGCAAGAUCUCAGAAUUAAUAAGAAUUACGCGGAUGACUUUAAAAAUACAGCAUUUGUAAUGUUUAAUCCACCUUACUGGGAAAGUGAGGCUUUGUCAGGCAAUCCAGACAAGAUAUACGACGAGGUGUGCUACCUCAUGUACGACGUCCAAGAUUUAUCUAGACAGCAUGUUAAUUAUCUGGAGAACAUGGAUAUUAUUCACAUACAAGAAGGAGAAGAUGACGAGCGAUAUGUUACAUACUACAAACAACAAAUCAGUGAUAUACCAUUGGAGUGUGUUACAGUUUAUUCAGUUUUAGAUAGUAUUCUUCAAACAGCAUCUGCAGAAAAUUUUGAUGCAAAUAACAGCAGGUCAUCAUUAUCUGCUGCUGUUACACUGAACCAGUCUCAUCAUGUCGCCAAAGAUCUGGACAAAAUUAGUAAAGUAAAAACAUUUGUUAAAGAUGUGUUCAAUACACUUUGUAAAACUGAAGCUGAUAAAAAAAAAUAUCGUGUAUCUUACGGAGAAGAAUAUGAAACACAUAAAGAUCCAAUUGUUAUUAAAUACGGUGAUUAUGCUAAAUACCCUACUUUCCAUUUGGGAAAUAUGAACUUGGAUAACAUUGUCGGAUCAGCUUUAUUUGGCAUGCCAUUACACAAUCUUUGGCAAACGCAGAAUCCACCAUUAGGGGAAAUUGAAGCGAAGCUUAAUUUCCACGUCAAUGCACUGUUGUCUUGUUUUGAUAGAGAAGACGUAGAAACAGCAGAAUUAGAAAGGCUUAUCCAUAUAUUGGCUUGUCGAAAACUUUACAAUAACAGAAGUUCUUUAAAAAAGCCACAUUUACCCUCAAGCACAAUAUAUGAUUUUAAAAAAGUAUAUUUAAAACGCAGCAUUCUUGCGGAACCACUACCAAAACCGCCUUCGUUACAAAAAAUUGCUAGUGGUAUGCCGCAAUCCUUCCCGUCUAUGACAAAGAGUGAAGAAGUCUCUCGCGAGUCCAUAAUAGAAGAAAGUGAUAGUUCCGAAUUCCGUCUGAAGUUAAUAUUUGACUGUCCUGACAUAAGUGAAUUAGUGUCUGCAGCUGAGAUAGCCAACAAUCGCCCUAUUACUCAUAUGAUUGAUGACUUUGAGUUCUUCGAAGACUUUUUUGGCACCUGUGCUUUUCAAAUUUUGUUUGAAGUUUUUAAUAAAUUUAAUUGUGUUGAUUAUAAGUACUGCGAAGUAACAGAUUGCAUAUUAUUAAUGUUUUUCAAUAGUCAUGAUAAGGACGGAAUAUCACGUGAAGAAUGGCGCUGUCAUAUACCAACACCUUUAUGCUUACAAGACUUUUUUGAUUUUGUAUUAGAAGAAAAUUAUGACUGGAUUGAAAAUCAAGAAAAAAACUAUGAAGCUAAUUUACUUUCCAAGAGACAAUCAGAAUGCCAAGAUUUAACAGAUCCUUUUGCAAAAGUUUCCUGUCUUGAGGAUACCCAAGUAGAUGCAGACUUACUAGUAGAAGGUUCUCUUAAACAUCAGGAAAUGCUCCAGAUGGAGGAAUCUGAACAGGAAGCGCCUCCUGGUUCGCAAAGCAGCAAAACAACGAAAGUAGCAGCAUCAUCCCCGAAUUCGACAGACGCUGAGUCAAAAAGCAGCAGAAAACAGAAAUCAAUGGAAACGACACCCCGGAAAGGUCAGUCUUUUGCUGCUUCUCGUCGUUCUUUAGUUCCCGACCCAAACAAGCCCAAAAAACCCUUUGCAGGUUAUGAUUUAAGCGACAGAAGAGUCGAAGCAUUCGGUAAAGACACAGCAUUCUUUUCAAAAGAUGGAACUCGUGUUGCUACUUAUUAUGUUUUGUUAAUUCCGAUGAAUGUCGAAUACAUACUACUUAAUAUUGUACCAGGUAACGGCAGCAACGAAAUUUGGGUUCAUAGAGCACUAGGAGAUUUUGUUUCUCCUGAAAUACGUAACGACUGCGAAUCAUUCAGGAUAAAUACUAAAGAUAAUGUAAUGAUGAAUAUUAAAAAACAAACUUAUCAGGCGCCUAUCGUAUUACCUACAUCUACUACAGACGUUUCAAAACCACGAGAAAGUAAGCCGCGAACAUCACCGUCGGUAGCAGAACCAGAUGUAGAGCCACAAUUUGAAACAAAAGAUUAUUUCUCGUUUUGUGUUACAUGGCCCAACGGGCUCAUUACGGAAAGCGUUCAUGAUUUAAAUUCUCCUGAUAUCUCUCAUAUUAAACAAUUUCAUACAGAGGGCCUUCCUCAUUUGGAUGAAGCCAUGAGAUGCAUAAGCUUAAAUGGAGAAGUAAUUGUUUUUAAAGAAUCAGGUGAUAUCGAGGUGCUGCGACCUGAUGGAACUUACAUCUAUAUUACAAAAUAUGAAAAAAGGAUAGUAGUUCCUGAAACCCGUGAAGAGCCUAGUGACACAAGUGCUAAACAAAAGGCAAAACCCAAAGGUAAAGAAAAAGCAAAACCAUCUAAAAAUGUGGUUGAAGAAGUUAUAGUUGAUGAGCCUCCUCCAGAAUACAAGCUAUAUAUAGAAGAAUUUGAAAUUAUUGAAACAAGUGGCUUGAGGCAAAAAUGGAUAAAUGAAGAUUCUUUUGACAUAGAAAAAUUGACCAUCAGAACAGCAACUGAAUAUUGUUUGGGUGAAAUAUUUUCUAGACGAAUGGAUGGUACAUCUAUAUUACUUAAUCAGUGCGGUAUUCAAAUCGUCUCGUUCCCUAAUAAAACCAGGAUAAUUACCCACUAUAUUGUUGAGGAUGAAGAAAUUUUUCCGGAGUGGACAGAGGAAGAGUUAAGAUACUUUGAAGUGCUGGAACUCGAAAAUGAUACUGUAAGAUCAAAGGCAUCAAUAUCGCAAAAAAGUUACACUAGCAGUCAUUCAGAUGGUAGUCAGAUGUUAGGGAAUGAGGAGGAGGAAAAAGUCAAGACCAGCAGUGAUGGUUAUAUUUCAGUUCAAAUAAUUUAUACAAUAGAACAUGCAAAUUUCACAACAGUUUCAAUAGACAAAUCAAAUGGAAGUAUUACAGUUACCUCUCCAAAUGAUACAAGCCUUAUGGUUAACACUCAAAAUAAAUACGAACUAAAUUUGGAUUCGAGAACAAUUGCCACAUAUAAUGGCGAAAAUUUACAUAUAAGCUACGAAGCAUGCCCACAAUGUAAAUCUUAUACUACCUGUAACGUUCAAGUAAAAACUUACGAAAAUGACCUGCCCGGAAAUCAGUGUCUUUGGGCGAGAUUGAAAGACUCUUUUUGUAAAAAGAUUCUCAUAGAUGGAGAAGGGUCUAUUAGGUUAAUAGACGAACCAUGUUCCCAAGAAACGAUGCAUCAUGCGGGUUCUGAGGACACAGAGCACACAGAACGCACAGAAAACACGGAAUCAAUGGAAAAUCCCGAGGACCCUAGAAAAGUUGAUUGGAAGUCUGAGAGCUCUGUCACAUCCCAUGGGAAAUGUCGAGAACUGUAUCAGGCUAAAAAUUACAGAUUUCUUAUUCUCAAACGUGACUUAACAUGUUCGGAGCUGAUUCAUCGUACUUUAUUACAAGAUUACGAGAAAGUGUGCCGUUGGCAGCCGUGGUGCUUUAUAAAUCAGUACGAUACGUUCGGUGACAAUCGUACCCUCCAAUCAAUCCUUAUGCCUGUCAAUGUCACUGAAACCGAGAAAUGGUUGAUGUCAUCCAGUUUGUCCAACAAGCCUAAACACUUAACUUACAAGGACUUGAAGAAAGAUACGGGGAAGGGUUUCUACCAUUGGAUGCGACCUUAUGAAAGAUUCGAGCCGCAGCCAGUGAAGCAUACGCCCGAUGUGUUGACGCACAGGCUACCCAGGGCUUUCAUACUCAGGACUUUGGAGCAGCAAUGGCGCGAUAAAGAUCGGGAACAACUGAAGGGCGCAAAGGAGUUGCUGGUUGCCAUACUGCGAUAUCGUAGGAUGAUGGAGUCUGACAGCGACACACUCCUGCACAUACCUAUCGUCGACUUGCGUGGUGAAGACGAGCGGAAGACCGACGAGAUCAUUCAAGCAAUCGCACACAGGGUUUACACAGACUUAAAGAACACGUUACGGGAUGAUGUGGAAGCGCACGCACAGCUGACCAUUACUACGGAACCCAUGCCGCCGCCUGAAGAAAUAUCCGUAGAGGAAGAGGAAUACGUCUAUAUCGGUAAUGUUCUUGUUGUUCACACAGACCCGUUAAGGCAACUGGAGGAAGAACGAGAGAGUUUGGUAAAGGAAGUGGAAGAGGCUUCCAAGAUGAGUCCAGAAUUGCAGAAGUACUGGCGACGCCGCGCUGAGGAACUUAAGGAAGAGGAGUUUUUCUUGUACCUGUUACGCGAAGGUGGAGUGCCGCAGUAUUUCCGCAACAUUCUCGGCGGGGCCAUCUGGUGGGAGAUGAACAGCACUGCCGGUGACGCAGUCACUACGUCCGAGCGCAAGAAGAUGAAAUGCGUGUGCGCCGAAGAGGAGUGCACUUCGGCGCGUACUGCCACUGAUAAUCCACCGAGCACCGGAGCGCCGUAA